GAUCUUGCAGGACUUCUUCUACUCCGUUGCCAGCGCCACACUCCAUUCCGAGCCCUCCCCGUAACUAUAUCGAAGGUUCACCCUCGGGUUGUCCUGUAUCCGUGAUAUAAUUAUAUAUCUUUCUGUUCGGGUUCUCUAUGUUCGGGACCGAGCCGACAGCGGAACACAGAGCACCAUUCGCAUUCACCAUAACCAGUUCAUACAUUCUGUGCCAAUUAAUUGCGGCCUUUCAGCGUCUUUCUAUAUUGGGGGCUGGCCUCCGAGGGACGCAAUGCUGAUGUGAUACAGCCAGGGUACUUGACGGUGUCUUAAUCCAUGGAUUCCUAUUGUAUCUGCAGUUGAUCUCAACGUCGCUCUCUUCCGUUCAUGCUCAGGGUCCCUUGGCGUCUACCUACUGUGAUAGAUCUACAAUCGUUCCUCAGUGUCGCGGGUCCAUCCUUGGUCCCUCAACUCUUUUAACAACUCUAUAAAGGCUGGUGUAACGUAUAGUCUCCCAAGUCCCGCUGUCGCCAUGGCCAGCGUCGCUUGUGUGUCGCUCCUUUCCGAGGCCGAGUUUGGUUGCGAGCAUCUUGCUGUGCAGCUUUCCCAAGAUGGGAGCACUAGUGACCAGUUCAAGGCCUACUUCAUCAAGUCACAUAAUUCUUUGGCCCCUCGCAAACCUGGGGACUUGCCUGCCACACAGAACAGCCUUCGUACAACCAGCUUUCUAAAACCAAAGUAUAUGUGCUUAAAUUGCUCCGGCUCAUUCACGAUUGGCGACCGAAAGGCCCAUACGGAAAAGACUGGACACCAAUUCUACAUGGAAUCAAGGAGUCGUACGUUGUUCUGUCAGGGAUGUGGAGACUUUGUCUAUGAUUACGGUCUGGAGAGACUGCGAUCAUCAACACCUGAAAGCACGCUGAAACUUGCCCAAAAACGUCGAUUUAGCGAAAGCUCAACCGACGAGCUGUAUGUCAGGAGUAAUGCGAACAAGCGCUCUUGUGCGAAACAAGGUGUUAGGGGGCUGUUCAACCUCGGGCAAACAUGUUAUUUAAAUGUCAUUCUCCAGACACUGCUCCACGACCCGAUCCUCAACACCUACUUCCUUGGGAGCGGACAUCAGUCCCACGAUUGUUCUAUGCCUGAUUGCAUAGCGUGCGCUGUCGCAGAAGCGUUCGCCGACUUCAAUAGCAGUGACAAGCCAGAAGGUUUUGCGGCUCUGAACCUCCUCCUAGCAACGUGGCGUGCAAGCUCUACAUUAGCAGGAUAUCAGCAACAGGAUGCACAUGAAUAUUACCAGUUUCUCGUCGACAAAUUACACGCUAGUACAGAUGGACAUCACGAGAACCAUGAAAAGGGUUGCCCUUGCUUUUUCCACAAGACAUUCUACGGUAAGCUCCGAAGUAGUGUAACUUGUGACAAGUGUGGCAACGUUACGCGGACGGAUGACCCCAUGGUCGAUUUGAGUUUGGAUGUCCAGGUGCAGGCAAAGAAACGGGCAAUGGGUGGCGCUGGGCCCUCAGCUACCCCCACGCUGAGCGGAUGCUUGGAAAGCUUCACUUCCCCAGAGAAGCUCAUGGCAGGCGUCUACAAUUGCAGCGGUUGUGGCGGAAGUUCUCAGAAGGCCACAAAACAAUUGCGUAUCAAGAAACUACCAGCAAUUCUAUGUAUGCAAUUGAAACGCUAUGAACAUACAUUUUCGGUUUCGGAGAAGCUAGAGGGUCGCAUAGAUUUUCCACUGUCUAUCAACAUGCUCCCCUACACAACCAAUCCUGACUCGCGAGUGGACAAAUCGAGGUAUAUUUAUGACCUCUCAUCCGCGGUAGUUCAUAAAGGGAAAUUAGACGCAGGGCAUUACUAUGUCUACUGCCGCCAAGGUGACGAGUGGAUCCUCUUCAACGAUGACCAAGUCACCUCUGUAACGGAAGCCGAUGUCCUCAGUGCCGAUGCAUAUCUACUCUUUUACAAUCUCCGCUCCUUGGCUGCUCCUCCUUCCCAGUAGAAGGGUAGACUUGGCACUCGGUAAUGCGGAUUGCUUGCUCAUUACUUACACGUUUUAGCGACCAGGAGUCGAUGGACAAAGGGUUCAUUCGUGGCUUUUGCAAUGCAUUCGAAUCAACGUUAAGUCGCAGGGGUAGCUUUGGCCUAUAGAAGACUUAUUAAACACUUAUAUAAUGCGGUGCCUUUUGCUUCAGGAGACAUGGUGGCUUAGCUCGUACAGCUA